AUAGCCAGAUCGCCGGCGAAAUCAGCCGCCGUUGCUGACGUCACUUUCACAUUAUUCUGCUGCAGUCGCUCACAAUCUGGUGUCUCUUGAGCGAUGGAAAGGUUCCACCACUUUUUUGCAUUAAUUAAUUGAAUCAGAUGAUCAACCCUAGGUGUACAAGUACAUCACGACUCCGCAUCACGAUGGCCAGUGCAGUUCGUAGAGCAACAAUGGCUAGCAGUUCGAAUUUGAUUUCGCUGAAGCACGGCCUUUCCCUGUGGUGUCCUCGGAUAGCUUCGGGAAAUCAAAGCUCUCGGUCUUCUCCUAUGGCUACCGCAAGCUUCCCUAGAAGAUUUACUGUUUCGGCUGCCUCUUUCGCUAAUGAAAACAGAGAAUUUGUUAUAGUAGGAGGUGGAAAUGCGGCCGGUUAUGCUGCUCGGACUUUUGUGGAUCACGGAAUGGCUGAUGGAAAGCUUUGCAUUGUCUCCAAAGAGGCAUAUGCACCUUAUGAGCGUCCAGCAUUGACAAAAGGUUACUUAUUUCCUUUGGAUAAAAAACCAGCACGUCUUCCGGGUUUCCAUACUUGUGUUGGCUCUGGAGGUGAAAGGCAAACACCUGACUGGUACAAAGAGAAAGGAAUAGAGACACUGUAUGAAGAUCCAGUGGCAAAGAUUGACACUGAAAAGCAAACAUUGACGACAAAUUCAGGAAAGUUACUCAAAUAUGGAUCCCUAAUAAUUGCUACUGGAUCCACCGCCACAAGAUUGCCGGAUAAGAUUGGAGGAAAUUUGCCUGGUGUUCAUUAUAUUCGAGAUGUUGCAGAUGCUGAUGCACUGAUAUCAUCUUGGGAAAAAGCAAAGAAAGUCGUUGUGGUGGGUGGUGGUUACAUUGGUAUGGAAGUUGCUGCUGCAGCCGUCGGUUGGAAACUUGACACAACUGUCAUUUUUCCUGAAGAACAUGUUAUGAAAAGACUCUUCACUCCUUCUCUGGCUCAAAAAUAUGAAGAACUAUACCGAAAUUACGGUGUCAAAUUCGUAAAGGGCACAUCUAUGAAGAACAUCGAAGCUGGAUCAGACGGACGUGUAGCUGCCGUCAAACUUGAGAAUGGCUCUGUCAUCGAAGCUGACACGGUUGUCGUAGGAAUCGGAGCAAAACCUGCUGUUAAUCUGUUUGAAAGUGUCGGUUUAAAUCACACCGUAGGAGGAAUAGAGGUCGAUGGGCAGUUCAGAACAAAGAUACCUGGAAUAUUUGCAGUCGGGGAUGCCGCAGCUUUCCCCUUGAAGAUAUAUGAUCGAAUCACUCGGGUUGAGCAUGUCGACCACGCUCGUCAGUCUGCUCAGCAUUGUGUUAAAUCCCUACUAACUGCAAACUCCGCCACGUACGAUUAUCUCCCUUAUUUUUAUUCUCGAGUAUUUGAAUACGAAGGAACCCCGAGGAAAGUAUGGUGGCAAUUCUUCGGGGACAACGUUGGUGAGACUGUCGAAAUUGGGAAAUUUGAUCCAAAAGUCGCGACUUUCUGGAUUGACUCAGGAAAACUGAAAGGAGUUCUUCUCGAAAGCGGGAGUCCAGAGGAGUUUCAACUGCUCCCUAAACUUGCCAGAGAUCAGCCUUCCAUCGAUAAAACGAAGUUGCAGAAAGCAUCCACAGUCGAGGAAGCGCUGGAUAUCGCAAGAGCUUCGCUCGAAUCGUAAGUCGAGCUUCGACAUUUUCGCGCCCAGUGGUAUGUCUCUCUCUUGUAGCUUUGCAUCAAAAUAAGAAAAAAUUUAAACUCUUUUUAAUAAUGUAGUAAUAAAUAAGGAAACAAAAAAUUCCUAAACUCUUUAAAUUUAAAAUUCCCUCCUGAAUUCCAUCUUAUAGAUACCGAGUUAUUUUCAUUGUUAUAACAUGUGAGAUGUGUACUUUUAAGUAUACGGGGUAUUUUCGAUUUUUUAAAAUAUUUUGGAAUUUUU